AUGGAAGAUAAUCAGCAUAAUGUAAUUGAUGAACUAGUUCAACCUGAAGGUUUUACUGAAGAAACUUCUGUAAAAAAACAUAUCUUUUUUCAUAAAAGUCAUAGACAAAAACAUAAUUAUGAUCCACAACGAAUUCAAUGUCAAAAUCAUAUUUCUCAUAUAGGAAUUAAUUUAGCUUUUAUUCUUUCUGAAGUAGUGUUUAUCUUUCAAGUCAUUGAACUUGGGUUGUAUGCGUGGUAUAUUUCUUUGUUAAUUUUAAUACUAUUUAUUCCUUUAUAUAUAUUAGGUACUAUUUCUUAUAAUCGUUGUGUUCAAGUAAAAGAAAAACUUUAUGUUCCAUUAAAUCAUUAUGUUGAAGGAGAAAAUGAAUGUACAAUUUGUCAUUGUACAAAACCAGAAAGAAGUCAUCAUUGUUCAAGAUGUGGUCGAUGUGUUCUAAAAAUGGAUCAUCAUUGUCCAUUUGUUGGUAGUUGUAUUGGUUAUGCAAAUCAUAAAUAUUUCAUUUUGACUCUCUUUUAUACAUUUAUACUCUGUACACUUCUUUUUGUUCUAACAAUCUUCAUUCUUUAUAUUGUUAUACAAAAAAUAAUUUCAAAAGAAUCAUUUAAAUUUGAAGAGAUAUUUUUACCUUUUCAUGCAAUUCAAAUAUUCAUAUCAAUUUAUUUCAUAUUUGUUACGUUUCUUAUGUUAUGUCAACAACUAUAUCACAUUAUUCAAAACGAAACAGGUAUUGAAUUGAAGCAAAAUAAGAGUGGUUGGACUUCAUGUAGAAAAAAUAAACAAGUUAAUAGAUUUAAUGUGGGAUUCAAGAAAAACUUUAAAGAAGUAUUUGGUGAUUCAUGGAUAUAUUGCUUCUUACCUGUUUGGACUACAAAAGGAGAUGGAUACUCUUUUCCUACAAACAAUUCUUUUAAUGAUACACUUUAA